AUGUUUCCCUGCAAUAAAGCAGACACUGUUACUCAGCAGGCAUGUUUCCCCAAUAAAGCAGACACUGUUACUCAGCAGGCAUGUUUCCCCAAUAAAGCAGACACUGUUACUCAGCAGGCAUGUUUCCCCAAUAAAGCAGACACUGUUACUCAGCAGGCAUGUUUCCCCAAUAAAGCAGACACUGUUACUCAGCAGGCAUGUUUCCCCAAUAAAGCAGACACUGUUACUCAGCAGGCAUGUUUCCCCAAUAAAGCAGACACUGUUACUCAGCAGGCAUGUUUCCCCAAUAAAGCAGACACUGUUACUCAGCAGGCAUGUUUCCCCAAUAAAGCAGACACUGUUACUCAGCAGGCAUGUUUCCCCAAUAAAGCAGACACUGUUACUCAGCAGGCAUGUUUCCCCAAUAAAGCAGACACUGUUACUCAGCAGGCAUGUUUCCCCAAUAAAGCAGACACUGUAACUCAGCAGGCAUGUUUCCCCAAUAAAGCAGACACUGUUACUCAGCAGGCAUGUUUCCCCAAUAAAGCAGACACUGCAUGUUUCCCCAAUAAAGCAGACACUGUUACUCAGCAGGCAUGUUUCCCCAAUAAAGCAGACACUGUAACUCAGCAGGCAUGUUUCCCCAAUAAAGCAGACACUGUUACUCAGCAGGCAUGUUUCCCCAAUAAAGCAGACACUGUUACUCAGCAGGCAUGUUUCCCCAAUAAAGCAGACACUGUUACUCAGCAGGCAUGUUUCCCCAAUGUUACUCCAGCAGACACUGUUACUCAGCAGGCAUGUUUCCCCAAUAAAGCAGACACUGUUACUCAGCAGGCAUGUUUCCCCAAUAAAGCAGACACUGUUACUCAGCAGGCAUGUUUCCCCAAUAAAGCAGACACUGUUACUCAGCAGGCAUGUUUCCCCAAUAAAGCAGACACUGUUACUCAGCAGGCAUGUUUCCCCAAUAAAGCAGACACUGUUACUCAGCAGGCAUGUUUCCCCAAUAAAGCAGACACUGUUACUCAGCAGGCAUGUUUCCCCAAUAAAGCAGACACUGUAACUCAGCAGGCAUGUUUGCCCAAUAAAGCAGACACUGUUACUCAGCAGGCAUGUUUCCCCAAUAAAGCAGACACUGUUACUCAGCAGGCAUGUUUCCCCAAUAAAGCAGACACUGUAACUCAGCAGGCAUGUUUCCCCAAUAAAGCAGACACUGUAACUCAGCAGGCAUGUUUCCUCAAUAAAGCAGACACUGUUACUCAGCAGGCAUGUUUCCCCAAUAAAGCAGACACUGUAACCGAAAGAUGA